UUCCGGAAGUACCACCAAAGAAAGUUACAACACGUCGCUUACUCUCUGUUGUGGAUAAGCUACAGCCUUAUGAUAUAUUAGAAGAUUUGUUAGAUGCACCUGCUCGAGUAAUAUAUAGACAAAUGUUACAAAAUCCAACCCAACAUCAUAACUUGGCUAAGGUACUUAGACAGAAAAAGGCCCCAAGUACUGAAGCUAAUCAUUUAAAUGCAAAUAAACAGUUAGAGUGGGACAAUAAGUCCUUUAAUAUUAAUCCUGAAUUACCACCUACUCAAAGAGAAAAGGUGAUGAAGUUACUAUUAGAGACACCUCGAGUCUAUAUGGAAAAAAUUAGUAAGUCAGGUCAACG